AUGUCCCACCGCCUCGGCCGCGUCGUCAGCGACAUCAGCCACAGCAACUCCCGCUCAGUGACGACGGACCACCACAGCCUCCACCACCAGAGCGCGACGACGACGACGAGCAACAACAACGAGGGCGGCAACGUCGGCAAGGCCACCAAGCAGAAGCUCUCGCUCCUCAUCUCCAGCGUCGUCUCCUUGUCCUGGACAAGAAGCGAGAGCAGCGGCGAAACGGGCGGCAGGGAGAAGAACAGCAGCAGCAGGAAGCAGCAGGAAGCCAACGGCGGAACUGGCGGCGGGAGGAGGCGUCGAGGCCUGGAGAUAGUCCUGGCGGUGCGGAAGUACGUGGCGAUGGUGGAGCAGCUCCUCACGUCGUCCUACUCCGCCAGUAGCAGCCAGCCGGACGUGGGCAGCAGGCGGCGGGACGGGCGGCCGCACAGGUUCACCUCCGCGCGCCACGCCGGGGGUAACGCUAACGCCGCCGCCCAGUCGUCGUCCAAGCGGCACAGGGGGCGACUGUCGUCGGCGCCCGCGUCGCUGCGAGGGUCGCCCGCCACCAGCGGGCACCUCUCCGUGGGGGAGUCGGUGACCAAGGCGUCGACGACGUCGUCGGAGGUGAGCACGAUGGAGGAGCUGCAGAGUGCCAUCCAGGCCGCCAUCGCGCACUGCAAGAACUCCGUCGCCGCCGGCGGCGGCGGCGACAAGCAGCAGCAGGAGCGUAAAUGUUGA